GAAGGAGGGGCCGCGGAUCAACGUAUUUUGUCGGUGCAGUCUGGCGCCAAGUUUUGGCGCGAGCGAAAUGAAAACAAAACACGCGCGCGUAGAGCGCGGACGUGCUCUCAUGUUGAGGAAAUUCGUGACCCGUUUUUAAAAUUGCCUCAUAUUAAAAAAAAAUAACGUUCUUUUUUUAUAAAUGUGAACUGGCUGAUAUUUAAAAAAAUAUGUAAAACUAAAUUUGUUUAACCGUGAGUGUUCUGAUUUUUCAAAUUUCAAAUUAAGAACAGUGUCAAAAUGUUUGAAGCGAUUUUUUUCUUCUUAUUCGCUUCAGUGACUGGAAACUUUUUGGUCGAGGAAGAAUGCCUUAAUUACACAGUAUAUCCAGUGCAAUACGAGUUAACAAUCAUACCGUUUCUUUACAAGGAAAAUUCUUACUACCACUGUGAACAGACGAUAACGGUUAUAGCAAACGCUAACGUGAGAGUAAUAGAACUAGAUGCGAAAGAAUUGGAGAUCCAACCUGGUUCGAUAAAAGUUCUAGAUGGCGAUAUCGAUAUAGUUAGUGAUGCUCGACCUAAUGAAUACGAUGAAAUUAACGGAAAACUCUACAUAUAUUUGAGGGAACCGUUGAAAAUAUACACACCAACAAACGCGCAAUUCUAUUAUAUAAAAAUUGUAUUUACUAAACGCGUGAAGAAGGACAGCACUGGAGUGUUUCUAGUGAAAUAUUACGAGGACGAUGAACGUAAUAUGAAAUAUAUGUACACAACUCGACUGUCACCAAGCAAAGCCAAGUUCUCGUUUCCGUGCUUCGACAACCCUCGGUUCGAAGCGGUAUUCAAGUUCCGAGUGUAUGUACCACCACCGCGUCCUGACAUGCAGUAUGCUAACACCAGCUUGGUCAUAGCCAAAGAAUUGAAAAGAGAAAGCUCAAGAGACAACUAUACAAUCAUCGAAUACAUGCCUUCCCCCCAAGUGGCAUUACACCAAGUUGGAUUCCACUACUCCCAAUUUACAAACAAGCAAGCUAUAGCAAAGUCAACUAACGAUACUUUAAUAAUAUGGGCUCCAGAAGACAAAUUAAAAUACUACGAUUUCAUACUAAAAUUCGGAGAGAGUAUAAUAAAUCUGAUACAUUCUUACUCAACAAUCAACAGGCCACUGUUAUAUGGUCCUAUAAAUAUAGUGGCCGUUCCGACUAAUCUCAAUGGUUAUGAAAUUGGUAGCUGGUAUCUUCUCACUAAUGGAGCAAACAGAAUGGCAAAUGUGGAACAACUCACAAGCAUCAAGCAGAUAGAUCGAAUGACCUUCGAACUAGCUCAGCAGUUGUGUAGAAUAUGGCUCGGCAAUCCGGGUGAACUGGAGAGGACCAGGUGGAAGGAAGAAUGGUUCAAAGAAGGCAUGGCUACUUACUUCGCGUAUUAUUUUCUGGCCCAGUACUAUUAUGGACCAUUAAACGAACGUUAUCGUCAACCACUAGAUGCAUAUGGGUUGCACAUGAAACACACAGCCAUGGCAGUGGACUGGCACAGAAGUACCCCAGCCUUGGAAGCCUUCAAUAAUUCUUUAGCAAUCGAAAUACCGUCGAGGUACAAAGACCUGGUGACGAUGAAGACUGGAGCGAUACUUUGGAUGUUGGAGAACUGGCUGCAGUCGGAGAAGUUUCAUCAGGCUUUAGUGAAGUACAUCAAUUCAAGAAGAGGCAAAUACAUAUCGUUGCAAGACUUCGUGUCUGCUCUCGACUACGAUACCGUGGAAUGUUCACAUCAGUUCUUCAACGGUUCAACCGCAUCCAGGAUAUUAAAGUCAUGGUUCCAUCAACCAGGAUACCCUGUCAUCAAUGUUCAGGUGUUAAGAGAUCGGACUCCUAAUGCUGUUCAAUUGAAACAGAGGCAAUUUAGCUUCACACAAGAAAAUCGUGGUGAGACAGAAUAUCUCAUUCCAAUAUCGUAUUUGGUGCAGAACAGAGAGAACUGCUUUAAUUGCUACCGACCAAGGUUCACUAUUGGGAAACAAACUUACACUUUCAGUGAAAAUUUGGACGGUGGAUGGAUCAUACUCAAUAGAAAUGCAUCAGGAUACUACCGUGUCAACUAUGAUUCUGCGACGUGGCGGCUUAUUGGAAAGACAUUGAGAGAGGAUAUGCACUCUAUUGAUGAGAUGAAUAGAGCUGAAAUAGUGAACGAUGUCCUGGCUCUGUACGUAGCUGGUGAUCUAGAUCUUGCGGUAGCGACCGAAGUUCUAGACUAUCUAGACAAGGAAACCAGCGCUGUAGUGUGGAACAGUGUGAUAUCAGGCUUUGAGCUGAUGAAGAUAGAAGGAGCCGCGUGUCAUAUGGACAAGCACAUGUUCUGGGAGUGGGAGGACUUCAUGAGCAAGAAGGUAUCGAAGAUCUACAAGAAAUUGGUGGCGUGGGACGAUGUGGACCAGCAGCCGAACGCGAGGCUGUUCAGAAGUAACAUUGUAACGUUUGCUGCUGUGGUCAAUCAUGAACCCUGUCUUAAGUACCUACGCUAUAUGUUUGAAGAUAGUAGGAGAGGAAAGCAAAUUCUCGAUCCUGAUACCCGAGAAGCUUGCUACUACAUGCUUUCAAACGACACUAACAACCAUUUCGUCUUCCGAAAGUUAAAUCCGAUUGAAGAAGAAGACCGAAUGAUCGCUGAUCAUAAAAUACGAGAAAGAUAUAGAUUCCUGAUAAAGAUCCCGUACGGCGUCCCAAGACCUAUGCCUCUAAUUUCUACUGAGACUCCAUCAACACAGCCCCCAGUAACGGAGAAAAUGUCGAUACCCGACAAUUCUGUCGCACACACAGCAUCACUCCUUCUCGUAUUACUAUCGCUUCUGCUUACCUUUCUAAGAUAAAUACCUAUUACUUAUUAUAUAGAUGAAACGCUUUAUAAUCUACGAAAUGUUUUGAGUGUAAAGGAAGUUAUAUUUAAUAAGACUGAGGCUAAUUGGAAGUGAAGAUUCUUUUUGACACUGAUGUAAUUUGUUCAAAUGGUUUAAUCUAUUUUUUUAUAUGCACGGCAGAGUGAACCCAUUGCACCUGAUGGUAAGUGGAGUGAGGUUCAAUAUUCGACUGACGAGAGAUGAUUACCCACCGACAGUCGACAUAAUUAUGCCGGCCUGUUGGAACUAGACAUACACAGGCUGAUCCUAGAAAGCGACACACUUACGUGGGCCACUAUGGCGGGUUUUAACACCUUGUGUACGGCGGUCGCUAUCGGGACGGAUAUAAAGCAUAUUCUACCAUCAGCAAAAUCCGACUAUUCUCUAUUGAAUCUCUCUGUAUAUGAAUAAAGAUCAUUAAUUCAUAGUUAACUUUAGUUCUGUUCAGCACUGAAAUCUUUAUCGUUGUUUGAUUAAGAUUAAAUUUUCCAAAGCACCCCGCUUAUAAUAGCGAGGUCACUGUCAUUACGUAAUUAUUUUCAUCUAAUUUGACGUAAUUUUCAUAAAUAUUAAUUCUAGUCGUAUUUAUUUAGAUUAUUUUAUCUGGUAACAUCUGUUCAUUUAAUUUAAAUGGUUAAAUCUUUUUAAACGCGAAUUGUGGACAAAUUAUUUGUAAAUAAAAGUCUUUUCAUUUCUUAUUUAUUCUUAUAAUGUAAUGUGCACAUGUACAUUUACAAAACUUACAAAUAGAUAUUGUUUUAUUAUUAUAAUAAUUGUAAGAAAAAUAAUAAAUAUAUUAUUUAAAAGAACAUUAAUAUAAAAAUAUUUAAUCAUUAAAUUUUAAUUAGAAUCUAUUAAAUAUUUAAUACAUAAUAAUAUAUUUCCUAUUAAAUAAAGUAAGUAAUAUAACUAAAUGUGAAGCAAGAGGACGCAUUUGCUUCAGAUUUAGUUCAAAUAAUAAUUAGUUUACAUUGUAAAAGUAAUCUUAAACCCUAGUAACAAUGAAGGUGAAAAUGCAGAUAAAAUAUGUUAAUAUAAAGGUAAUAAAUUAUUUGUAAUAUUAAAAUCUUAUUCUAUAAAGAAUAUCAAUUGUAAUUCUGUGUAAAAUAAAAUUAAAUAACUAUACUUAACUUAAAAUAAACGUUGAGUUCUUUGUGCAAUUUUGUAUUUGGUAAUUAAAUAUAAGUUAUAAUAUAAAUUUUAAAAUAUAUUACGCCUAUCUAACAUACUCAUUACACGAUGAAAUGUAAUCAGAUGUCUACAUUUUGAGCUUUCUGCCCGAACUCAUCCACUAUCAAGAUUUAUAUCGUUUUCAAAGCAAGCAAUUUAUUUUGACAUUUAUAAAUUUGUGUACCGGAGGUAUAUUAUCCUAAGAUAUAUUUUAUUAAUAUCUCUAUUUAAUAAAAAACGAAUUAUAACCCAUUGUUAAACAAUAAAUAAAAUUUUACUUAAAUUUUCACACAUAAGUGUAGUCAAGAGACAAACGGGAAUAAAGUUCAAAUUGAAGUUAAAACAACUUAUAAUUAGCUUAUUAUGAUUUAUAAUUGUUUACCUCCAGUGUACAGAAUUAUAAUUUUUCCAUCAUCGUCGGUUUUACAAAUUGAAUUAUCAAUUUAAAAUGUCUUGUACAUUUAUUACAUAUCAAUAAAGUGUCAAAAUAUCGUGAAA